GGCCUGGAGUGCCGGGGUGGCCGGGCACAUCUUGAUUCUUGUAGACGACAAGGUGACCCGGGCUCCCGGCGUGCGCACGAGGAGCAGGUGCCCGGGCGAGUCGCGAGCUGCACGCCCCCGAGCUCGGCCCCGGCUGCUCAGGGCGAGGCACGCGCCCCCGCAGCCGUGCCUGCGCCGACCCGCCCCCCUCCCAACCCCCACUCCUGGGCGCGCCGUUCCGGGGCGUGUCCUGGGCCACCCCGGCUUCUAUAUAGCGGCCAGCGCGCCCGGGCCGCCCAGAUGCGAGCGCUGCGGCUGGGCGCUAAGGAUCAGCCGCUUCCUGCCUGGAUUCCACAGCUUCGCGCCGCGUACUGUCGCCCCAUCCCUGCGCGCCCAGCCUGCCAAGCAGCGUGCCCCGGUUGCGGGCGUCAUGCAGCGGGCGCGACCCACGCUCUGGGCCGCAGCGCUGACUGUGCUGGUGCUGCUCCGCGGGCUGCCGGUGGCGCUGGCUGGCGCGAGCUCAGCAGGCUUGGGUCCCGUGGUGCGCUGCGAGCCGUGCGACGCGCGUGCACUGGCCCAGUGCGCGCCUCCGCCCGCCGUCUGCGCCGAGCUGGUGCGCGAGCCGGGCUGCGGCUGCUGCCUGACGUGCGCACUGAGCGAGGGCCAGCCGUGCGGCAUCUACACCGAGCGCUGUGGCUCUGGCCUUCGCUGCCAGCCGUCGCCCGACGAGGCGCGCCCGCUGCAGGCGCUGCUGGACGGCCGCGGGCUCUGCGUCAACGCUAGUGCCGUCAGCCGCCUGCGCGCCUACCUGCUGCCAGCGCCGCCAGCUCCAGGAAAUGCUAGUGAGUCGGAGGAAGACCGCAGCGCCGGCAGUGUGGAGAGCCCGUCCGUCUCCAGCACGCACCGGGUGUCUGAUCCCAAGUUCCACCCCCUCCAUUCAAAGAUAAUCAUCAUCAAGAAAGGGCAUGCUAAAGACAGCCAGCGCUACAAAGUUGACUACGAGUCUCAGAGCACAGAUACCCAGAACUUCUCCUCCGAGUCCAAGCGGGAGACAGAAUAUGGUCCCUGCCGUAGAGAAAUGGAAGACACAUUGAAUCACCUGAAGUUCCUCAACGUGCUGAGUCCCAGGGGUGUACACAUUCCCAACUGUGACAAGAAGGGAUUUUAUAAGAAAAAGCAGUGUCGCCCUUCCAAAGGCAGGAAGCGGGGCUUCUGCUGGUGUGUGGAUAAGUACGGGCAGCCUCUCCCAGGCUACACCACCAAGGGGAAGGAGGACGUGCACUGCUACAGCAUGCAGAGCAAGUAGACGCCUGCUGCAAGGUUAAUGUGGAGCUCAAAUAUGCCUUAUUUUGCACAAAAGACUGCCAAGGACAUGACCAGCAGCUGGCUACAGCCUCAAUUUAUAUUUCUGUUUGUGGUGAACUGAUAUUUUUUUAAACCAAAGUUUAGAAAGAGGUUUUUGAAAUGCCUAUGGUUUCUUCGAAUGGUAAACUUGAGCAUCUUUUCACUUUCCAGUAGUCAGCAAAAAGCAGUUUGAAUUUUCUUGUCGCUUCCUAUCAAAAUAUUCAGAGACUCGAGCACAGCACCCAGACUUCAUGCCCCCGUGGAAUGCUCACCACAUAUUGGUCGAAGCGGCCGACCACUGACUUUGUGACUUAGGCGGCUGUGUUGCCUAUGUAGAGAACACGCUUCACCCCCACUCCCUGUACAGUGCACACAGGCUUUAUCGAGAAUAGGAAAACCUUUAAACCCCGGUCAUCCGGACAUCCCGACGCAUGCUCCUGGAGCUCACAGCCUUCUGUGGUGUCAUUUUUGAAACAAGGGCCUGGGUCCCUCAACCAAGAAGAAUGUUUAUGUCUUCAAGUGACCUGUACUGCUUGGGGACUAUUGGAGAAAAUAAGGUGGAGCCCUACUUGUUUAAAAAAUAUGUAUCUAAGAAUGUUCUAGGGCACUCUGGGAACCUAUAAAGGCAGGUAUUUCGGGCCCUCCUCUUCAGGAAUCUUCCUGAAGACAUGGCCCAGUUGAAGGCCCAGGAUGGCUUUUGCUGCGGCCCCAUGGGGUAGGAGGGACAGAGAGACAGGGAGAGUCAGCCUCCACAUUCAGAGGCAUCACAAGUAAUGGCACAAUUCUUUGGAUGACUGCAGAAAAUGGUGUUUUGUAGUUCAGCAACUCAAGACGAAGCUUAUUUCUGAGGAUAAGCUCUUUAAAGGCAAAGCUUUAUUUUCAUCUCUCAUCUUUUGUCCUCCUUAGCACAAUGUAAAAAAGAAUAGUAAUAUCAGAACAGGAAGGAGGAAUGGCUUGCUGGGGAGCCCAUCCAGGACACUGGGAGCACAUAGAGAUUCACCCAUGUUUGUUGAACUUAGAGUCAUUCUCAUGCUUUUCUUUAUAAUUCACACAUAUAUGCAGAGAAGAUAUGUUCUUGUUAACAUUGUAUACAACAUAGCCCCAAAUAUAAUAAGAUCUAUACUAGAUAAUCCUAGAUGAAAUGUUAGAGAUGCUAUAUGAUACAACUGUGGCCAUGACUGAGGAAAGGAGCUCAUGCCCAGAGACUGGGCUGCUCUCCCGGAGGCCAAACCCAAGAAGGUCUGGCAAAGUUAGGCUCAGGGAGACUCUGCCCUACUGCAGCCCUCGGUGUGGACACACGCUGCAUAGAGCUCUCCUUGAAAACAGAGGGGUCUCAAGACAUUCUGCCUACCUAUUAGCUUUUCUUUAUUUUUUUAAUUUUUUGGGGGGGAAAAGUAUUUUUGAGAAGUUUGUCUUGCAAUGUAUUUAUAAAUAGUAAAUAAAGUUUUUACCAUUAAAAAA